CAUAACAAAGCGACGUGAGAAAACUAAGUAGUAAGAGGAGAAAAAAUAGGAUUUAUGAAGCAGUUUUUACUUUGCCAUAAUACAAUAUAUUGCUAAUUAAUAGAAAACUUUCUAACUGUUAUCAGCUAUAAAUAUGCUGAACGAAAUAUCUCGCAGAUGCAUUAAUAUCAGUAAACAUGAAGAAACAAUUUUGAAUUAUCACAAUUCCGCAAUAACAUUACGUGGAGAUAAACAUCUACAUAUUCUGGAAUUGUCCCACAACUUGCAGUGCUUGGACAAGAAAAUUAAUUUAGUUGAAUCAUCAAUACCUAGUCCAAAAAACAGUGCUUGUGUGGAGUACCUGGCGAACUGUUCAAAAGAUGGAUUAAAAAACAUUGAGCUCGUGGAAAUGAUAACAAACCCAUACUUAUGGCCUUACAGUGAUCAUUUAAACAGGGAAUUAACAAAUAUCAUGUCAUUUAAAUGGUCACCAUCUAAUGUGAUUUUUAAUAAUCAAAGUGUACUAGCCACAUUGAAUAGUGUUGGUAACUUAAAUUUUUUUGGAAAGCAACGAAAAGUGUGGACGGACCUCUUUGAUUUUUCAUCAAUCAUCAAGCAAUAUCUAGUUUCAGAGGCACUCAUACCAGCUACAGUAAAUAAACACAUGAGCUUUAACAAAUUAAAAGGAAUUGUUUACUCCAUUAGCAUCACUACAUUUUGUUGGUGUCCUCUAAUUAAUAAGGACAAAUCAUGUUUCCUUGCUACUGCUCAGAAAAGUGGGUGCAUAUAUUUUUGGUGCCUCCUAUUUCAUGAUUCAGAUUUAAGUGUUAAAAAUGUAGGUAAAAUACAAACAAGUGAUGUGGACAUUAUGUCCAUGGAAUGGAUACCCUUUGGAAAUGAUAAGUUUUUGUUUAUAUAUUCAAAUAUGCUAGGAGAAAUUACUGCAAAUGUUUGUCAAAUACAAGAAGAAAAAAUACAGGAAAUAUCAACCAUGUGUAUAUGGAAGUAUAAGGAUCGAUCCAUACCUAAGUAUAUUACAUAUAUACUAAAGGACAAUAAGAUAAUUCUAAUAUUUGAUAAGCACAGACAUUUUAUUGCACAAAUGUAUGAUGAGAAAUUUAAUUUGAUAUCAGAAGUUGUCAAAAUUAUUAAUGAUGAACAAAUUACAACUAUAACGAAAGCAAACGAGGGGUUGUUUGUGGCAACAAUAAAUACAAAUAUAUACACAGCAAAUAUUAUAUGCAAUGGUGAUACAUUAGAUUUGAGUUUUGAACAGAUUCACCUGAAAGAUUCCUAUCUAAACCAUGAAUUGUAUGGCCUGUGCUUUACUGAAAAUGAUGCUAUAUGUAAUAUAGCCCUAAUUGACAGAAGUAUAAAGUUUAGAAAGGAACAAUUAAAACUAUAUGUUGUAUCAUUACAUUUUGAAGGAGAGAAGGAAAUAGACAGUUUAAUAUUUAAAAACCCAUCAAAUGAAUUAGCUCCAAUGUGGGAUUGUAUAGAGCUAAUAAGAUAUAAAUGUAUGAAAACCAAGAAAUUGCCAUCAAUUGAUUAUGCAUCCUUCUACAAAGAAGCGGAUACAGAUAUUUACAAAAUGAAAGUCUAUUUAGUUCUGCUCCAGAUGUACAACAGUCUGGAAGGCAUAUUAAAGAACCUGUCAAAAGGAAUUUUGCCAGAAACAUCAGUUGCUGUGGUUCAGGAUAAAAUAUUAGCUGCAUAUGCUUCUAGUCGUAUUUAUAAAAUAUAUGAAAUGUUGAAUAAUGAUUGUGAACUUAGUACUUUAGAAUCUGAAAGUUUAUUCGGCUGUAGAAAUUUUCUUGAACAUUACAGUAAAAAAUAUAAAUGUUCACUGACUAAUUGUGUUCCCAAUGUAGAUUUUCAACAAAUAGAUAUACACAAUGAGAAAUCUAAGCUCAAUACUAAUAAAUAUAUAUGUCAAUUCUGUGAUGAUGUUAUAGAAGGGUUCACCUGUAAAAGUAAACAUACUAAUAUGUUUUGUGUAUUAACAUUAACACCGAUAGUUGAAAUGGAAUAUCUAGUGUGUAUGCGAUGUAAUGUAACUGCACGGAUAGACCUAUAUCAAUUUGAGCCUAAAUGUGUAUUUUGUGAUGCCUAUAUGGAUUGUUUUCAUUUAAUUUAUUAA